AGCCCAAGUCACAGGGGCACCCGCUGAUAGUUUUCUCUUCGGACAGCAAUACCAGUUGGACACCUUGGUCUUUGAUAUGGCACCCAAGAAAGCGAAGAAGAGAGCAGAAGGGGCCAACUCCAACGUCUUUUCCAUGUUUGAACAGGCACAGAUCCAGGAGUUCAAAGAGGCCUUCACCAUCAUGGAUCAAAACCGGGAUGGCUUCAUCGACAAAGCAGACCUAAGAGAUACAUUUGCUGCAUUAGGACGCCUGAAUGUGAAGAACGAAGAACUAGACGACAUGAUCAAAGAAGCACCUGGACCAAUCAACUUCACUGUGUUCCUGACCAUGUUUGGAGAGAAACUCAAAGGAGCUGAUCCAGAGGAAACUAUCCUGAAUGCCUUCAAAGUGUUUGAUCCAGAGGGCAAAGGAUUAAAGGCAAACUACAUUAAAGAGAUGCUCAUGACACAAGGAGAGCGGUUUUCAAAGGAGGAGGUUGACCAAAUGUUUGCCGCUUUCCCACCAGAUGUGACUGGCAACCUGGAUUAUAAAAACUUGGUCCAUAUCAUCACACACGGAGAAGAAAAGGAUUGAAGUAGUUGCCAAGAUGUUCCUUAGCAGAGCACUUUUCUCGACAGCCUUUUCUGGUUGUUCCUAUCCAGGCUAGCUGGGAUGUUGGUGUGUGCUUCCCAACCAUUAUCACCUUCCUGGUGUCUCAUUCCCCUCAUCCAUCCUCCGUAUUUGGAGAAACAUAUUUUAAAAACUGUA